CGCCGCCGCCGCCGCCGCCGCCGCCCGAGUUCCGGUUUUCUCUCGCCGGGGUUUAGUCCUGGAGCCCCGCGCGUCCGGGAGCGGGAACUGGAGGCAGGAGCUUCGGCUCCGAGGUGGGGCCGACGCCCUGUACACGAAGAAGGCGUGAACCUAAGGCUGUCCGGUGGCCCCCAGUCGCCGGCGGACCGGACGGGGUCCUCAUGGCGAGAUUCUGGGUGUGCGCGGCCGGCGCUGGCUUCUUUCUUGCAUCACUGGUUUUGCACUCGCGUUUUGGGGGCGCCCCGGUUUUAAGGAAAUUUUCUUUUCAAAUUUCCUGGAGAACCAAGGAAAUUCUUUACCGGCUGGAUGUGGGUUGGCCUAAGCGUUCAGAAUACUUUACUGGAACAACAUUUUGUGUUGCAAUUGACUCCCUCAGCGGAUUGGUUUACGUAGCCCAGAGAGGGGAUAACAUCCCAAAGGUAUUAGUGUUCACAGAGGAUGGAUAUUUCCUACGAUCCUGGAAUUAUACAGUUGACACACCUCAUGGUAUAUUUGCAGCCAGUACACUACAUGAACAGUCUGUCUGGAUCACGGAUGUAGGAAGUGGAUCCUACGGUCAUACUAUUAAAAAAUACAAUUCCUUUGGUGAUCUUGUUCAAGUCUUGGGUACCCCAGGCAAAAAAGGCACUGGUUUGAAUCCCCUGCAAUUUGAUAAUCCUGCAGAAUUAUAUGUAGAGGACACAGGAGAUAUUUACAUUGUGGAUGGAGAUGGAGGAUUGAAUAACAGAUUGAUCAAAUUGUCGCAAGACUUCAUGGUGCUUUGGCUACAUGGAGAACGUGGGACGGGACCUGCUAAGUUCAACAUACCUCACAGUGUUACAGUUGAUUCAACUGACCGGGUGUGGGUUGCUGACCGAGGAAAUAAAAGAAUUCAAGUAUUUGAUAAAGACACCGGGGAGUGGUUAGGAGCAUGGGAUAAUUGUUUCACAGAAGAGGGACCUUCUUCAGUCAGAUUUACUCCUGAUGGAAAGUAUGUGAUUAUAGGCCAGCUGAACCUUAGCAGGCUCUUACUGGUGGCAGCACCCCCAGUGGGAAGCAUUGGCAACUGUUCUGUGAUAAGCACAAUCCAACUAGCAGAUCAAGUGUUACCUCAUCUCUUGGAUGUCAGUGGGAAGACUGGAGCGAUCUAUGUAGCAGAAAUUGGAGCAAAGCAAGUACAAAAAUAUGUCCCUAUGAAUAGCUAUUUUCUUUCAUUCGGUUCAUAAUGUUUCUUUCCAUGGAGAUCUUUUAAGUGGAAGUUCAGAUUUUCAAAAUCAUUGUUAAGUCCUGACAAAUAAUGUCCAAGCAUAAGAACAUGUUUAUUUUUCUGUGACCUGGUGAUGAAGAAAUUUGUAUAUCAUGAAAAGCUGUUAUGUUUUGUUGCUAUUCUUGUGGCUUAGUUUUACUUGUAAGUACAUAAGGAUAUUUUAAUGAAGGAAAUACAAUUCUAAAAUAAUGGGGUCAGAAAAAGGGCCUAAGGUUGUAACCUGGGUAAUUUGCCUCUGGUAGAACUCAUUCUCUUUGGGAGGAAGAGGGAAAGGGAUAAAACCUGGUUGUUCAGGAUGUAUUGAAUUCCACGUGAAGAGCUACAAACCUCCAGUUUGUUCACCUUCUGUAAAAUGUACAUUUUGAGGGAUCAAAUCAGAUGGACUCUUGAUGAAAGUGUACCACAGGAUGCUAGCUCCUAAAGAUUCAAAGAUGAAGAAGCAGGAUUUAUCUUUGUGUGCCUUUUCAGUAGCUUCUAGUCUAGUGGGGAGAUAAGUGUGCACACUGAUGGAACACAGUGACAGCAAGGCUUAUGUGUAUGUAGCAGGACUUUUGGAAUUAGCAACAUUACUUCUGAUGGAGAGGAUCCUGGAGAUUUUGCCAGUAAAGUUAAUUUGAGCCCCAGCUUGAGAAACAGAAGAGGGAAAAACAAGGGGGUCCAAGUGGACAAGUUGUAAAAAGUUAUAAGCUUGCUAGGAACUUUGUAGGCUUUAAGAGCCCAGCUUGGCUUGAGUCCUUUAGCUGUAAGAUCCUUAAUCUCAACCUCUAAAUGUAGAGAUAAAACAAUAGGCAUUCAAGUACUUUACUGAAAAGGAUCUUUAUAAGUGUAGACUGCAAUAGUUUUUAUUAAAGGUAGCAUUAAAAAUAGGGCCUCUCUUCAGUGCCUCUUUCCUUUCUUUUUCUUUUUUUCUUUUUGUUAAACAUGAACUCAGUUCAUUCCUAACAUCUUUCUACCUCAAAGGAGCUUUAGAAUUAUUUAUAUGGGGAUGUGUACUGAAUACUUUGCACUAUUAAGAUGAAUAAUUUCUUAACAUUCUAGGUCUCUCUACCCCUUUGGUUUCAAUAUUUGCUUCCCAGAAAAGACCAUCUUUCCAGUUUGUUUUGGGGUUUUAGUUGAACCUGACUAUAGGUUGAUCAUUCCUCCCUUUUCUUAUAUCCAUCUCCCUCCCUAUCCUAGUCUUGUACUGCAAAUCAUGUAGCAUGUGAGAAGUCUUGAGCUGACUUUCCUCAACACCCAUUAUGGCUGCAGUCUGUUUUGCAGAUACCUCAGGGAAUUCAAACUAUUUUGAUCCUUGGAUCAUAACUUGAUGCAGUUUGGAAGGUAAAUCAACCAGCAGGAAACUUUACCCUGUUCCAAGGCCUUUGAUAAGUGUGUUUGUGCCGCUGGUCAAGCUGUCUGAUCCUAAGUGAGUCAUCUUAGUUUUUCUUUUUAGUGAAAUGAGAACAUCAUUGUCUUUCCUCCUCCAGGAACGCUGUUACGAUCAGAUGUAUGACAGAUACCAAUGUGCUGUUUGAAAUAAUAUAGUUUCGAGUUAUUUUAAAGGCAGAAAUUCUUAACAAAGAUCCUUCUAAAUGUGCGAUUUACCUGAUAACAAUUAUCAAGUUUGCCUUAAUUUUGCCCUUAUUGCUUUUUUCAAAACUUAUCCUCAUAACUUUAUGCAGCUUAGCCAAUACAGUAAAUUUAUUUGGAUAAAGGAAAGUGAUUUCAGGUUUUUGUUUUGUUUUUAAGCCAGGACAGGAAGUACAAAUGUCUCAGGAAUGCAGGUUAGUAAACUGAUCUCAUUGUUUCAAAAGUGUUAUAUUUAACUUUGUUUUAUACAGAUUCUUAUAAAACUUGCUGAAAAUUUUGUGAUUAUAGACUUUGCUUGAAGUGUUUAUUAGUAUUCCUGUGUUCAUAAUAUUUCAUUUUUCCCCCUUUGGAUUAAUUGGUUAAAUGAAAAAAUGUAUUUUCAUUUUGAAGAUACAAAUUAAAUUUUUGGAAAGAAAAAGAGGCAGUAUCAUCUGGCUUUCUGUUUAAUUUUGAUUUUAUUGUUUAUAAAAGCACGGUUUUUUUUUUAAAGGUUUUAUUUAUUCAAGAGAGACACACACACACAGAGAGAGAGAGAGAGAGGCAGAGACACAGGGAGAGGGAAAAGCAGGCUCCAUGCAGGGAGCCUGACGUGGGACCCGAUCCCAGGACUCCAGGAUCACACCCCGGGCUGAAGGCAGUGCUAAACUGCUAAGCUACCCAGGCUGCCCAUAAAAGCAGCUUUUAACUUCUUACUCCACUGAAUAAUUUCAGCAAUCCUGAAAUCACAGGUUGGCGCUGAGAGAAUAUCCUCCUUCAUUGGCACAUAAAGUGUAGGCUGAAGCACAUUUUGUUAGAGGUUUCUUAGAAGACCAAAAACAGCCUGGGUGUUGAGAUGGGGGGUAGGUAUAAAUGCUAGUGAUACUAACUAACUCCAUAUGUUUUUGCAUUGGAAAUAGAACCUCUUUAUGUGUCUGCUUUCUAGAUCUAUUGGGGUGUUUGUGUGUGGUGGUGGUGGUGGGUGUUGGGGAGGGGAUGGCUUCUAAAUUAGAAGACUGAAGCCUGGAGGUAUCUUCCUGACUUCCAGUGUGACAUGGGGGUUCUACAAUGGAAUGUUUGUCCUCAGAGAAAAGCUGUGUGCAAUCUGAAGGUAAACUAAGAAGACCUAUAUAAUUUGUGCUUAGGUCACUUAAAAGACUGCUUCAAGCAAUGUGACUGUCACACUAAAUAAAGGCACUCAAGUCCCAAUUUUGUUUUGCCUUUGUUGGUUGUAUUUUUAAUUAUUUUUAAAAGAUUUUAUUUAUUUAUUUGCGAGAAAGAGAAGAGAGCACAAGCAGGGGGAGAGGGUGGGGCAGAGGGAGAAGCAGACUCCCCACUGAGCAAGAGCAAGAUGUAUGGGGCUCCAUCCCAGAACCCUGGGAUCAUGACCUGAGCCACCGAGCUGCCCCACCCUUGUUCAUUUUAUUUAUGUAUUUAUGUAUGUAUGUAUUUAUUUAUUUACUUACUUAGCGGGAUCGCAGUUGUUCAUUAUGCAUUUCUGACACUGAGGCACGUGGCCGCACCGCUCACACAGUGCAGGUCCUGCCAGCGUGGGGCUGACUAGGAGCCUCGGUGUCCUAUUGUCACUGCCCGUAGUGUUCUCCCAGUCCAUCUUGCCCUGCCUUGAGCAGUGCUGUGUCUUCCGGAGCCCUUGUUCAUUUGAAACACUGGAUUUGAAAGCAGCAUAUUUUGGAUAGCCUAUACAACAACUGGAAUCUGUCUAGAUUUUUGCUCCUUUGGCUCACCAAAUCCAUUAGAAUCAUUGAAAAAAAAAAAGUAUCCUGAAUGUAUGACUUCGUUUUACUCUUGACUCUAAAGUUUCAGCAAUAAUCAAAAAAACGUUUAGAAAAAUCAGAAUAAAGUCAGAUUGAUUUAUUCAACAAAGACAUACAAAACAAAUUCGUGAAGGGAUUUAGGCAGGUAUUCCCUGCCUAGUAGUUGACCAUCUAUCUGGGAAAACAAGCCCCAAAAUGUAUUUCCUUUCAGUUCAUCCUAGAAAGUGCCCUAUUUGGCACUUGCAUUGUGUUUCAUUCUUGCUACAAAAGAGGGCAGUAGAGUCCUGCUUAUAAGCAUUUCUUGAAACCAUCUGUGGGCCUUCUUUAUACUUUGAAUUUUUUAAAAAUUGAGGUUAACCGUACUUUUAAGUUUUCUUCUUUUUCUUUAGCUUGUAUGUCUUGAGGAAAUUAGUGUAUAGGUAACAUAUUUUCUAAGGGUUACUGGGAAUUUUUACUGUUUAAUUGGCCAUUUUCAUGUUUAAAAGAACAAAACCAAAAAGAGCCUUCCAAUAAAAGCCAGUCUUUUUUUUUUUUUUUAAAGAUUUUGUUUAUUUAUUCAUGAGAGACAGAGUGAGCCAGAGACAUGGGCAGAGAGAGAAGCAGGCUCCAUGCAGGGAGCCCAAUGUGGGACUCAAUCCCAGGACUCCAGGAUCGCGCCCUGAGCCAAAGACCACUGAACCACCCAGGCGUCCCAAUAAAAGCCAGUCUAAUAGCCAGAAGUGAAUAAUACAUUUUAAACUACAACCUGAAUAUGAAUAUAGUACAAUAUAAAAUGCAUUCAUAUGAGCCAGAGAAUUAUUCCUUUUUUCCUUACUAGAUUUUUUUUUUUAAGAUUUUAUUCAUUUAUUCAUGAGAGACCAGUGAGAGAGUGAGAAGCGAGACACAGGCAGAGGGAGAAGCAGGGUCCAUGCAGGGAGCCCGAUGUGGGACUUGAUACCAGGUCUCCAAGAUCACACCCUGGGCUGAAGCGGGGCUAAACCACUGAGCCACCUGGGCUGCCCCCUUUUUGUUUCUUUUAAACAAUUUUGUCUGUGGUUGCUGACUCUUUUAAAAUAAGAAAAAUUUAGAGAGGCUAAAUAAUUUCUCCACCAGACACUUAGGCAUAGAAUUCAUGAGUUUAUAAUUUAAUCCUUAGACAUUUGAUGACCUGUAGAUAUUCCUUUUGUAUAUAAGAACUGAGAAUUUGAGCAAUGAAAAAUAGCACUUUUUGAAACUUUUGUUUCUUCCAUUGUAAACAGUAAAAUUAUAUUGAUAUGAUUUAAUUCUGCUUGCAUGUAAUAUAUGGUAAAGUGGCUAAUCUUGUCGCAACCUGUUUUUAGCUCCUGUAAUAUAGCCUCUGACCCUGGUAAACAGAUUUGUGGUGUUGAGUUUCCUUUUGGAUGCUACAUUUAAAAGAGAAUCCUACAGAUAGACUUUAAUCCAAAAGCAGUUGACCAAAAUAACAUGGUGUUUGGAAAUAAUUCUGAGACCUUCAAAGAGUGAUCAUAUAGGAUUAUGAAGAGACUUAUUGAGCUUUCCUCCAGAAUGAAGAUGAGUAGGAAUAAUAGUGUGGCCAGAUGGUCCAGCUUAGUAUAAGAACAUUCUAGCAAAAAAGCUGUUUAGCAAUGGAACAGACUGUGUUCAUAUUGGAAGUGGUAAAGUUCAGUGAUUCAGAACUUGAAAUCUGGAGGUAGGUUAACCGGGGUUCUAAUCUAGGCCCUGCCACUUACUUGCUGUCUUGUUUGAGACUGCAUCAUUUUUCUUUUGUGAAAUGAAAAUGAUAGUAUUUUCCUCAUGGGACCGUUGUGAAUAGAAAUGAGAUCCUGCAUAUAGAACAUUACACCCAGUCCCUGACACAUCGUAAGCACUCACCACACCUUUUUUUGUAGUAUGUAAGCCAAAGAUGGGAAACCAUGCCACCUUUGGGCAGAAAUUCUUACACUGGGAAGAUGGUGAGACUAGAUGACUUUCCCUAUUGUAUGAUUCUGUGUUUAGUCCCAUUGUUGAAAACUAAAGAUAAUAGUUGUGAUACACUAAGUCAUCUAUCGUUUAGAAUGGCCACUUUUAAAAAAAACAUGUUUUCAUUUGGCACUAAGGCUAUUUAGUCAUCCAACAGAUGCCUGCGUGUUAGGUACCAGGAAUAUGGUGGUGAGCAAGGUAAAGACUCCUUUUCUGGAGUAUACAUUCUACUUUGGAAAACAGAACUGUUUGAAUGAAAAAGUGAGCUUCUGACUAGAAUUUGUGAAAUAUUAACACUUGGUUGGCUAAGUACCCAUCCUCAACCUUCUUCCUUACCUUACACAACCUUGAAGACUGGAAGAGGUAGGUGCUUGCUUUCUCAGCUUAAUUAGCAUCUAAGCGUAAUGACAUGAUAUGGUUCUGGCCAGUACAACAGAAAUGGAAAUCUCCUGGGAGAUUUCUGAAGAAUCAUUUGCUUUUUUGAUUAAAAAAAAAAAAUAGGUAUACUUAGCACCACUGCCUUCUCCCUUCUUCCCCAACCUGAACUUGAGUAAACACUCAAGUGUUGCCUGGAAUUGCAGCAGCCAUCUGGGACUAUAAAGCGAAAAACCAACAUUCUUAAGGACGGCAGAAAGAACGAGGCUGGGUUUUUACGAUUGGGGAACCACUGUCCUGGCCUGGUAAUUCCUUUCUCCAGAUUUUUUUAUGAGAGAUAGUUAAACAUUUUAGUUACUUAAGCCACUGUAGUAGUUGGGUAUCUUUUUACAGAUAAAAAGCAUUCCUAAGAAAUUCAGUAUUAAAUUAACCUGCAUUAGUUUGGAAAGGAUAUUUUUUAUGGUUUUCAGAUUCUGCAUCCAGGAAAAUAAGUUACUUUGCUUUUAUGUCUUAUUUUAUGUCCUAUAAUAAGAUUUUACUUUUUUUUUCAAUUUAGAUUCUAUGCAUUUCUUUUGAGACAUAUUUGAUACAGGUAUCAAAUUUAUUCUAUGCAUUUAUUAGUUGUAGCUGUUAGAGUAGGAUUCCCCUCCCCCUUUUUUGAGAGAGAGCACAGAGUGGGGGGUGGGGAACAGAGGGAGAGGGAGAGAGAGAAUCUUGAGCAGGCUCCACACACAGGUGCAGAACCCAAUCUGGGGCUCAGCCUCAUGUCUCUGAGAUCAUGGCCUGAGCCAAAAUUAAGAGUCCGUGCUUAACCAACUGAUCCACCCAGGAGCUCCUUUUUCCACAUUUCAAAUUAGUUUUUGAUGGCAUAGAGAAAAGGUAUCAAUUCUUUUUAUCUAUGUCACUUCUAUUCACCUUAAUAAGCUCUUACUAAUUUUAAUUAGCUAUUAUAGAUAUUCAGAUUUUCUAGGUAUGCCACUCUGAAAAUAAAGGUUAACUAUAUGUCUUUCAAUUAUUUAUUGCUUGUUUGAUUUUUAGAAAUUUAUUGCAUUAGCUACCUUGUUCAAGACAUGGUAAAUGAUAGUAAUGAUUAUUUCUGAUUUUAAUGGAAAUAUUGGUACUUUCCCAAUAAAUAUGUUUGCUAUUGAGUUUUGGUAAUUUUUAUAUUUAGCCAGGGUUUUUUUUUUUUUAAAUCUCGGGAUUUUAUUACGAAUUACUACUUAGUUUUGUAAUGACUUUUGGCAUUGAUGUGUACAAUAUGUUGAUUAAUGAAAGGUACAGGUUUUUUCUUAGGGUUAUUGUUGGAAAAACUUUACUUGGUAAUUUCUUGCUUAGAAUUUUUAUUCUUGAAAGAAAGAGGGCAGUAGAGUGCCAUUGUGUAGAAUUUAUCAAUUGUGUUCCACCCAUCUCCAAAAGGAAUUUGAGCCUCUUUACAAUAAAAAUUUUUAAAUACAUUAAAAGAGACUAAUGUCAAGAAUUGCAUAGAGGGGAGGAAAAUACAUUUAUUCAAAACCUGAAUAGGUGGAUCCCUGGGUGGCUCAGCAGUUUAGCGCCUGCCAUUGGCUCGGGACAUGAUCGUGGAGUCCUGGGAUUGAGUCCUGCAUCAGGCUCCCUGUAUGGAACCUGUUUCUCCCUCUGCCUGUGUCUCUACCUCUUUCUCUCUCUCUCUCUCUGUCUCUCAUGAAUAAAUAUAUAAAUAAAAUCUUAAAAAAAAACAAACCUGGAUAAUAGUUAUGGCAAUUAAGCAUUAAGUUAAUUCUGAGUUUUAUUGUAGCCUUAGCAAAGAAGGAAAUGUGCAUAUUUCAUUUUCAUCUGCUGAAAUGAAAUAGAUCCAUUCUUCAGGAAACAACUUUUUUCCCCAUAUGUCAUUUGUAUGGUUAUUUAUAGGUGAAAUAAAACAACAUGCCUUCAACAAAAACUUAUUAUAACAUAAAGAAACCUUUUUUAAUGUAAUCAAAGAAGAUGUGAAGAAGGGAUAGGGUCUUUAAGCCAGUAGCUCCAUAAAUAUUAUUCUUAUUUGGUGUACACAUCACUGAGUGGAUGGACAGUCUUUGUCAGGGUUCGACUGAAAUAAUGGUGGUAGUGUUCUGAAUAUCUGCUGUUCAACGUGGUAGCCCCUAGCUCAUGGACUAUUGAACACUUGAAAUGUUCGUGUGUCUAAGGAACUGAAUUUUUUUCAGCUUUAUUUUUAAUUAAUUAAAUUUAAGUUCUACAUGUGACUAUUGGCUACUGUAUUGGACAGCCUGGCAGGUGUGACUAGGUUUUCAUGAUAGUGAUCAAUAAUUUGUUUUUACUCAAUUUUCUUACUCAUUUGUAUAAUUUGCUUUCUCUGUAGUAUGACCUUUUGGCAGUGUUUCUAAUAAUUCCACCUCAAAGAUUAGAAGUUAUGCACACAUUAAAUUGUUGAAUCUUUUAAAAAUAUUUUCCAAAUGAAAACGAAGUCAGUCUGUGAAAAAUGAAGGAAAAUGGUUCUAAAAAGCUUUUAAAUGUUUAUGUAUAUGCUUAUUUAUCUGUUCACCUCUGGGAACAGUUUAGAAAAACAGCUCUGUUUUUCUAUUUUUUUUUCCCCCUAAAAAGAAACCAUUUCACAGACAACAGCUCAGGUUAAAAUGCACAUUUGUCUCUUGUAGAUUUUUUUAUGCAUCCCACAGAGGUAUUCGCAGUAAUUGUUUCAGACAUCCUAAAAAUCAGGUUGGAAGGCAAUAAAAUGCAAUCACAGGCUCAUUACUGGUGAUGUCAAAUUAUUACAUCUUUAGUAAUGAUUGCAUUAGUUUCCUUCUUUAUUUGGAUUUUAAAGCUUAGAUAAUAAAAUCCUAAAUAAUCCUACUUCCAUUUUUUGAACUUUAUAUCAUGAAAUAUUUCAUCAAUUGUCAACUUGUAGACAUGUCAUCUUAUUGAUAUCUUUGCAUACUUACCGUGUGCCUAUGCUGUUUGAUUAUUUUGUAUUGUCUCCAACAUCAUAUUAUUUCAUCUUUAACUAACUUAGCAUGUUUUCUAUAACGUAAUAAUAAUUUUUUUGAACAUGAUGUUACCACCUUUAAAAUUAAUAGUCCCUUGGGGCACCUAAGAGGCUCAAUUGGUUAAGUAUUUGCCUUCGGCACAGGUCAGUAUCCUAGAGUCCCAGGAUCAAGCCUCAUGGCAGGCUCCCUGCUCAGUUGGGAGUCUGCUUCUCCCUCUGCCUCGCCCCCAAUCCUACACCUGCUCAUGUUCUCUCUUGCUCCCUCACUGUCUCAUAAAUAAAUAAAAUCUUAAAAUUAGUAGUCCCUUAAUACUGUUAAAUAUUGUCCUUGUUCUGAUUUUACCUCAGUAUCUCAUGUAUUUUUUGCCAGGGUUGAAAUAAAUUCCAUUUUUAAAUUUGUUUCUUAUAUUUAAUCUGUAGUUUCUUCAUCUUCCUCUUCCUUUUCUUGCUCUCUCUGGCUCCAGCCUUGUGUCUUGCUUUCUCUUCUCUUGUAAUAUAUUUGUUGAAGAAAGCAGUUACCUGUUCUAGUUUCCCAAGAAUCUGGACUUUGUUGAUUUCAACCUUCUGGAUUCGUUUAACAUGUUACUUUGUCUUCUCUAGGCCCUGUAAAUUGGUGGUCAGUGCGAGAGACUGUGUCAGAUUAAGAUUUGAUUAUUUUUGUGGCAAGACUUCUCUAGGUGCUGGUCUGUAACUUCGUCAUGUAACUUUGAACCUCUGGUUCAAACUACUUUUCUUUGCUAUGGACUUGCAUAGCCAAUUGCUUCCUUGACAUUUCUACUUGGACAUGUAACAGUUAUUUCAGACUUAACAGAUUUAAGAUACGUACUCAUUCCCUUUCUCCCACUCUCAAAUGGGAUAGUACCACCAUUUAUUUAUUGAGCAACUCUCCCAUCUACCUGGAAUACACUUACUCCAGAUCUUUAUUUGGCUCAAUUUGUAUACUCUUUUAGGUUCUGCUCAAAUACAACCUCUUUAAAGAGGUGCGUCCUGAAUGUUGUUCCAAAUAAGCAUCUACUCCUGUCAUUUUCUAUUCUUUCACCUUGUUUAUUUUCUUUAUAGCUUUUGUAAUUCUCUGAUACUGCUCAUUUGAUUCUUUACUUGCAUAUCACUUGUUUCCCUCUGUGGAAUAUAAGCUUUUAUGCAAGGCUGGGAUGACUUUGCUUUUGUUCAUUGCCAAAGUGCCUGGAACAUAGUAGGUGGUCAAAUACUUGUCAAGUGUUGAUUAAAUGAAUGACUCUCAUUACCUUGUAUUAAUGGUUUAGUAUAUCAUUAACUAGCUUAAGCUUCUCAGAUCAAAUGAUCUUUUAUAGUUUAUCUACUUGGAUUUCAUAUCAGGCCUGUGUGUAGGAUUCUUCUAUCAGCCUGCACUUGCCCUCAUGUAUUUCUUAAGACGUAUUUCCUCUCCUUUUUGCUUGGUUUUAUUCAUUUGUCAACUGUUUUACCAUUCUCCACUGCCAAUUCUGGAUCUAUUUUUUUUUUCAGAAUUCAGAGCCUCAUUGGAAUAUCCAGCCUCAUAUGGUGACUUUAAGCAUUGCUGUCUUUAUCUAUUGCUUAUUUUUCUCUGCAAAGAUAUGACUCUUACGCUGUCCCUCACUUCUUCCUCAUCCAGUUAUUUUUUUAAAAAAGAUUUUAUUUAUUUAGUCAUGAGAGACAGAGGCAGAGACACAGGCAGAGGGAGAAGCAGGCUGCCUGCAGGGAGCCCGAUGCGAGACUCGAUCCCAGGACACAGGGAUCACGACCCGAGCCAAAGGCAGACACUCAACCACUGAGCCACCCAGGCACUCUCCUCAUCCAAUUAUAUACAAGAAUCUUUUGUCUUUCGUAGGUGUUGAAAUACUGUAUUUAAAUACUGUUUGAAUUUUCAAAGAUAUUCUGUAUUCUGUACUACAUUUUAUACAGAUCUCUCCAACCUGCUCCCCUCUUCUUAUUUCUCCCAUAAAUCUACUUUUGAAAGCUUGUCACAACUGAUGAAUUUUGUAUGUCCAGCUGGCAUUCAGUGACACUGGGAUGACAUUUCACAUGAAAAAAUAAGUAGAUAGUUUUAAUAAUGCCUUCCCCCCCCCACAUCAACAUCCCCAAUAUCUCCAGGUUCUUAUCUCUAGAACUUGUGAGUAUUACCACAGAAAACAAAGACUUUGGAGAUGUGACUACAUUUAGGAAUUUGAGAUGUGGUUAUCCUAGAUUAUCUCAGUGGGCCCUAAUGUAAUCAGAUGUUUCAUUUUAAUAGGGAGGUAGAGGGAGAUUUGAUAUAUAGAAGAGAAGUCAGUGUGACCGUGAAGGCAGAGCUUGGAGUGAUACAGCCACAAGCCAAGGAAUGCCAACAGCCACCAGAGGCUGGAUGAGGCAAGAAGUGGAUUCCAUUCUAGCACUUCCAGAGGGGACAUAGCCCUGCAUGGGUCUUGAUUUUGGCCUAGUGAUACUGAUUUUGGCCUUCAGUAUUAUGAAAGAAUGUGAGUUUCUGUUGUUUUCAGCCGCUAAGUUGCUGAUAAUUUGCUACGGCAGCUGCAGUAAACUAAUACAGAUUUGAUACCUAGAAAAGGAGUCCUGCUGAUAAGCAUACUUAAAAAUAUAAAACUAUAAUAUAGAAAUGGACAAUAGGUAGAGGCUGGAAAAAUUUUGAACAGUAAGAUAAUAAAAAGCCUAAAUUGUUUUAGACUUGGUAGAAGUAUGACAUUAAAGUCAACUGGGGGGCAGCCCCGGUGGCUCAGCGGUUUAGUGCCGCCUUCGGCCUGGGAUGUGAUCUGGAGACCCGGGAUCAAGUCCCGCAUCAGGCUCCCUGCAUGGAGCCUGCUUCUCCCUCUGCCUCUCUCUCUCUCUCUCUCUCUCUCUCUCUCUCUCUCUCUCUCUGUCUCUUUUGAAUAAAUAAAUAAAAUCUUUAAAAAAUAUAAAUAAAUAAAGUCAACUGGUUAGGGCUCAAAAGGAACUAAGCACAAUGCUGAAAUCCUAUAUCAUCUUAGAGAAUGCAUAUCUUGUAAACAGAUUGUUAGUUAAAAAUUCGGAUUUUAAAGGUAUUGUUGGUAAAGGUUCAGAAGGAAAUGAGGCACAUAUUUUUAGAAACUGGAGGAAAGAGGGCAUUUAUUAUAUAGUGGGAAAAGACAUAAGAAUGGUUAUAAAUCAUAAAACAAUGGAAUAUCUUUACAUUACUGGAAAAAAAUAAGGUCAUUCUAGAAUUCUGGAUCCAAUAAAUGUUUCUGUGAAAAUUGAAGAAAUAUUUCAAGCAAACAAAAGCUGGAAUAUUCAUUGUCAUCAAAUCUAUACUGCAAGAAAUAUUAAAUGAUGAUUUUUAGUCUGAAAGAAAAUGAUACCAUUUGAAAACUUGAAUCUAUACAAAGGGAUAAAAAGGGCCUGAAUUGGAAAAUUUGUGGCUAAAUAUAAAGGUCAUUGUUUUUCUUUUAGAAAAAAAUUUUUUGAAGAUGACUGCUUAAGGCAAAACUAAUAACAAUGCAUUGAUGAAUUUAUAUAAUUUAUAGAAGUACAUAAAUGAUAUAAAGGAUGAGAUGAUGAAAUGAAAAUAUACUAUUAUAAGAAUAUGAGAAGUGGUACAAUAUCAUUUGAAAGUAGAUUCUGACAAUGUAAAGAGAAGUAUUGUAAAUUCUAGUGUAACCAAAAAUGAAACAAAUGUAUAUAUAAUAGCCAAAAGAAAAAGGUAAAAUGCUAUACAAAUAGCCAAUUCCAAAAGAACCCUGAAAAAGAGGGAAAUGGGACUAAUAGAAAGCAGCAUGAUGGUAGAUUUAAACCCUGUCAUAUUAAGUACUAAAUUAAGUGUAAAUGGCUUAAAUACUCUAAUAUUCAGCAAUUGUCAGACUGAAUAAAAAAUGCAUGAGUGAUAAGCUUUAUAUAUAAAUAUAGGAUAAUUAAAAGCGAAAGGAUGAAAAAAAUAUUCCAUUAUAAACAGUAAUUUUAAGAAAGCUGAAGUUGCUAUAUUACUGUCCAAGUAAUCAUCAGAAUAAAUAUGACCAGAGAUAAAGAGAGAAAGCUUUUAAGGAUAAAAACAUCUUUUUAUGUCCAGGAUGAGCCAAAAGUUAAAAUGUAUAUAUUAUUAAUAGCAAUAUUUUGGAAGUAGAUUAAAGGGAAAAUUGACAAUAAAACAGAAAUAUAGAUUAAUCUGCCAUCAAGGUUGAAACUUUUAAAAUCCAUCUCUCAGGAACUGAUAGAACAACUAGACACACACAAAAAUAGAGAUGACCUGAAUAACGCUAUCAAGUUUGACCAAUUUGUAGAACACUAUGUACAACAACGCAAAGGAUAUACAUUCCUUUUAAGUGCACAGGAAACAGACAUUAAGACCACAUGCUAGGCCACAAAACAACUCUUAAUAAAUUUAUUCAGUUUGGAGUCACGACAACAUAUUUUCUGACCAUACUAGAAUUAAAAUAGAAAUAAAAAAUAUAUCUGAAAAAUCAUCAAAUAUUUGAAAAUUGAAUAUUACACUUGUAAAUAACUUAUGUCACAGAAAAAAAUCACAGAAGGAGCAAGAAAAUGCUAAGUAAAAAUACAGGUCAAAAUAUGUAAAAUAUAUUAAAGCGGUGCUUAGAAAUAUAUUUAUAAGUUUAAGUCAUUGUGUGUGGAAAGAAGAAAAUCUAAAAUUAGUAUUCUGUUUUCACCUUAAAAAGAAAUAGCAGAUUAAGGCAAAGAUUAGUGAAGAAAAUAAAUAAAUUGAAAUCAACCAAGUAGACAACAGACAUUAAUGAAAUAAAAAGUCAGAUAUUAGAAAUGAUCAAUGAAAUUUACAAAUCUCUAGCUAUACUGAUCAAGAAAAAAAAAACCCAAAUUACCAAUAUCAGGACUGGAAGUAGUUUUAUUAAUACAGAUCUUAUAGACAUUAAGAGAAUAGUAAAGAAAUACAAAAGAUUUUAUACCAUAAUGUUUGGCCACUUGGAUCAGGAGUUGGCAGAGUUUUCCUGUGAAGAGCCAGACAAUAAAUAUUUUAAGCAUUAUUGGCCAUGCGGUCUUUUCAAAUACUCAACUCUGACACUAUAGCAUGAAAAUAGCCAUGGACAUGUGUAAAUGACUGAGUUUAAACAAAACUUUAUUUAUAAAAAUUAUGCAACCAUGGACGUGGAUGAACGUGAAAAAGAUGCUGAACACAAAAAGCAAGAAAUAAAAGAAUACAUACGGUUGGUUUCAUUUAUCUGAAAUCCUAGAAAAGGCAAAAGAAUUCUGUAGUGAUAAAACAGAUCAGUGUUUGAAGCCAUGAUGGGUGUUGGUGAUGAAUUAUGAAUGGUGUGAGGCAACUUUUUUCAUAUAAUGGAAAAACUAUAUUUGCAUUUUGGUGGUAGUUUCAUGGGCAUUAUGUAUCUGUCAAAGUUCCUCAAACUGUACACUUAAAAUGAGUGUGUUAUAUUGAAUAUAAAGUAAGCCUCAAUAGACUUGAUUAAAAAGCAAAACAGAAGAUUGGAGAAUCCAAACAGAAACAAAACAGAAAAUGGGAAGGUGGAGAAUGAAAACAACAAAAAAGAGACUUUUAAGUGGAGGAAUGGUAAGUGAGAGAAUACCUGUUCAAUAACCUUGACCCCCCCCCCCCCGCCCAGUACAUUUGAUGAGUGAGAGAAAGUGAUUAGGUGUAAGAGGAAGUUGAAAAGAAUGUGAACAGCUGUUGUAUAGUAUAGCAGAUGCCAGGAAACACAAAAUGAGGGAAUUCAUUGCAAACUGAAACCAGAGAGCAAGAAUAUUGAAUGUCAGGUAUUCCCAUUUCCUUUAGUUUCUUUAGGCAUGAUUUGAAGCCUAGAGAAAGCAGCAAGUAGUCAUUACUAAGGCUUAGGGAUGGCAAAGCACAUAUGGCUAGUUAAGUACACACUGUACUUGUUAAGUAACACUUAACACAGUUAAGUGUUAGGAAAAGCAAUGUAGGUAGGGCUGUGUAGUUGAAGAGGUAGGAGUGGUAAACCUUUGUUAGUAAAGAAGAGGUUGAACAUGUAUGAAAGAUAGGAAAGGUGAAAGGUGAGAAUGAUUUGGACUAAGAAAAGUUACUUUCUAUGAUUAGUUCAUACAUUAUGCAACAUGAGCAUUCCAAAGUAGUGUUGAAUGGCAGGCAGCUAAGCCUGAAAAUAUAAAACACUUCUACCAGGCACAGACUCAGAAAAAGCCCCUCUCCUUUCUGUAAGGAAUAAUCUCAGUGGGCAUCAAACUUACCAACUUGUAGCUUUGACAGUAAAGUAUUUCACAUCCUCAUUAAUUAAUGUAUGGCUCUCAAUGACAUUUUUUUCAAGAGUUACUUGAUGCCCCGAGCCUCAGUGUGUCAUGGGCAUGCAGGGCAUGUUCUACAUUAUAACUCCUAAAGGCAGAAGACAGGUUCACUGUAGACAAAAAUGGACUAAAAUUUCUUUAGCCUCCUAGGAUCUUGAUAGGGCUGACAUGAUGGAUGAUUUCUACUGAAGAAAAAGAGGACAGAGAUUUCGACUCAUCAAUAAAGUAUCUGACUCCUCAAGAAAUGACUGGAGAUUAAAGUGAAUCUUAAAUUAAUUUGAAAAAUGCACGCAAAGAUUAUUACCUGCACCAAUUAGUUCUGUCAGACCUGUAAGUACCUAUGUAGAAACAACAGCUUAUAAUUAAUAGGGGGGAAAAAACCCACUACUUUUCCUGGUUAGGAGCAUAGGAAAGGCAAGUUUGAAACAAAAGUCUUGUUGGGACAUUUGACAGGACAUCAGCUGUCAAAAUCGUGAUUAUAAUUUUUUUAAUAGCUUUUGAAAUUGGUUUUGAAGACUUCUCUCUUACCCUGAUCUCUUCCUUUUCAAUUCUUAAAAUACUAAUGUUUAUCAGUUCCUGAGUUGCUUCUAUAUGUCUUGGCCUCCAUCAAGCUUGCAAAAUAAUAGAGAAUGGAAUUUUUAUGUAUUUCAUAAUGCCUCGCUCCAUGCUAUGCACAUGAUAUAUGCUCAAUUAAUACAAUCACACCUGGAUUCCAAGGUCCUUCAAUGGUGGAGAGGAUGAGAGCUGUAGGACAGAAUUCCCAGUAUCAGAGCUGAGUUAAGAACAGCAAUGGCAUAUCAAGGCAUAUCAAUGGCAUAUCUUUCACAGUGGCUGAUGCAAGCACAGGAAGAAGGAAGGGCUCUUUCUCUUCUUCCAAACCUAAGUAACCACUUGUUAGGCCCAGAGGAGCCCUCUGUUGCCAAAAACAAAAACAAAAACAAAAAAACAAACACAAAGCCUUAAACAGGUUAAUAUUUUUUCCCUUAUGUGAAUAUACAAGGUUAAAAAACUUUAACCUUUCUCAUCAGGAGAGAACUGACAAGGUUUGACAGUAGCACAAGCUGCUCAGAUGUAUUCUGUCCUCCUUCAUCUGUGGACCUCCAGAACCUGGAACGCCGCCAUCUAGUAUAAUGACUACUCCUGGGAUGCAGUGGUGAAAUGAGGAAAUGGAAAUUCUUCCCAGAUGUGGUGUCCUACUGGAUGUGUCAUCUGCCUCCCUCUGAGUUACUCCUCUACACAUUUGGAUCUCAUAAUUUCAAUGCAUGUUAAAUAAAUUUCCAGUCUACA